GCGAAAUAAAUAAGAGCCGCCUACGUGAAUAACAAACCCCCGAGUUUCCCUCGUCGCAAUUUUCCCCGAAGAAAAUCCCCAGCGAGCGAAAAAUUUCUCGUGUCCGAUAAUAAAGCUCUAAUGAGGUGAUUCCAGGGGAUAAUUACCACAAACGAGAUAUAUCCUGAGGAGCACUCGGGGUUAUCGCGAGGGACGAUUGGACCCUGGUGUCACGCGUGGUGUCUCAGUGAUAAUUUAAUCAUCAGGGGAUUUAUCUCACCGAUUUGUGUUGAUACGUGUUAUGUACCCGCUUGAAGCGGGAUGCGUUCUAUCCAAUCGCCGUCGGCUGGCCUAGCUUGGCCCGCUAAUCUAGUCAUCGCCUGGACCACAGCAUGAAGGAGAUGCUUGGAGGGUGCUGCGUGUGUUCUGAUGAGAGGGGAUGGACUGAAAAUCCGUUGGUUUACUGCGAUGGCCAAGGAUGCACCGUUGCUGUGCACCAAGCUUGCUAUGGCAUUGUCACGGUGCCCACGGGUCCGUGGUACUGCCGAAAGUGCGAAUCGCAGGAGAGGAGCGCCAGGGUGCGCUGUGAAUUGUGUCCAAGCAGGGAUGGGGCACUCAAGAGGACAGACCAGGCGGGUUGGGCCCACGUGGUGUGUGCCCUCUACAUCCCAGAAGUGCGAUUUGGAAAUGUCACAACUAUGGAACCAAUUAUUCUCCAGUUAAUUCCAGGGGAACGAUUUAACAAAAUGUGUUAUAUAUGCGAGGAGCAGGGCAGAGGUGGCAGGGCAACUGUGGGUGCUUGCAUGCAGUGUAAUAAGACAGGAUGCAAGCAGCAGUUUCAUGUUACGUGCGCCCAGGCACUCGGUCUCCUCUGUGAGGAGGCUGGAAAUUAUCUUGACAAUGUCAAGUAUUGUGGAUACUGUCAACAUCAUUAUUCAAAGCUGAAAAAAGGUGGAAACGUGAAGACAAUUCCCCCCUACAAGCCAAUACCAGCAGACAACGGUUCCUCAGACUCAUCACCGGAGAAGGAAGCAGAGGCACCCCUGAAGACUACCUCCAGCACAACAAAACGAAAAGGUUCGAGUUCAAAAUCUACAACAAGUUCUAAAACAAAAUCAAACUCCAGUCCGAGUCUCGAGCUGAAUGGAAUGACAGACGACAAAAGUGGUAGCGGUCGUAAUACCCCAAAAGACUCAAGUCAACAUCAAAACACUGGUAGCAGUAAAUUUACAAGUUCAAAUUUCGUAGAGACCAUUGUCACUCAGUCGGAGAGUGUCUUCGGUGUCGAGGGAGGGCAGUCGGGGGUUAAGUCGACAUCUGUGGUGCACAAGGGCCAGUCCAAGUCUAGUUCUUCGUCCAACAAGACGUCCAGUCACACCAGCAAGAAGAGGAAGACUGGGGCGAGAACACCCACUGCAUUGGGAAGCGAAAAUUCUAAUCAUUCCGUGAGCUCUGAGGCCAGUGGAUCUGUUGUCGUGGCUGUUGGAGCUGUCUCACAGACUCCCAGUAAUACUGUGCAGCCAACUGUCACUGAGGCCACGAGUCUCAGCACUAAUGCAGAGCCUGAGAAAUCGAAAAAGUUGAAAAUUGACAGUCCUCCAGUUCAAAGUAACUCGAUGACCCCAGUGACGACUGAGGCGACGACAUCUCCAGUGAUAAUGUCCGUGACACCCUCGACCGUAGCCCAAUCCCCCACAACAACAGCCAACAGUAUAGUGGUAUCAGUACCACUGACAGCAACCUCACUGGCCAGCUCUAUACAGAGUAUUGUAACAAGUGCCCCAACACUCUACCAACAGUUGCAACAGAGCAUGAUUACUACUGCUGCCAUGACACAACCGACUCAUAGCACAGUGUCAACUGUCAGUGAGAAGGUCAAUCCUGACGAUACGCCAGCUAAGAGAUCGAGAACUCAAUCAACGGAGAAGCAGGAGAAACGAGGGAGAACAAAAAGGAUCUCCUCGAGUAGCAACCCACUGCCAGUGCCUCCAGCCCCAUCGUCACUGCCCCCAACCACCUCCAACAACUCCCUGACCACCGUCAAACGAACAGGGAGAAGCUCCCAGCAGCUCCCACCCACGCUGCCACCGCCACCAGCGGUAACAGUGGCUCCAGUUCCCUCGAUAAUCCAGGGACCCACGCUGGGUACUGGCCACUUCAGCAGCGUGGGCUCUGGUGGUAAUAUGGGACCAGUUGUCAAGGAUUCACCACCAAGUUCACCGGGUUCUGAGAGUAUGAGCAGCACUGGACCUGGCAGGAGAAAGCGAAAGAGCGCUGGCAAUACAACACCAACACCAUCAGCAUCAACGACACCAACGGCAAUGCUGAAUAAUGCCAAGGACGAGAAGGACGUUAAAUUAUUUCAGAAUGGUGUUAGUGCCCCCCAUAUGCUGGGUAAUCAGUUGAAUCCUACGUCGACAAUGGCACAAAAGAUGUCGGAUACACUGAAUCAGGAGUUGGAGGCACAUUCGAUAUUCACUGAGGCCAGCAACUCGUCGACAAAUCUUGUGGGACCACAGUUGCACAGCAGAGUCAUUGCAUCGAUCAGGUCGAAUCAGGCUGCACAGCAGCAGCAGCAGACUGCCACCUCAUUCUCAGCUGUAUUCUCACAGAACAGUAAUAAUUCGAGUCUCGGGGCUGGGGCACUGGGGGGUGGGGCCAUUCCUCAGACCCUGGAUCAACUGCUGGAGAGACAGUGGGAGCAGGGCAGCCAGUUCCUCAUGGAACAGGCACAACAUUUUGAUAUCGCCUCGUUAUUAUCCUGCCUCCACCAACUCCGUGCCGAGAACCUUCGACUGGAGGAGCACGUGAACAGUCUCCUACAACGUAGGGAUCACCUCCUAGCAGUGAAUGCCCGGCUAGCCAUUCCCUUGACAACUCAACCGAGUAAUCAUCCACCGAACAACAUUCAUCAAUCAGUGAAUCAGUCCGAUCCAAAUAUUCCACACCCUCACAUAUCACCGGGUACUCCAGCCUCGGUGUCGAGAGUCAAUCGAGACUCUAGGGUGAAUAACACGUACAUGCCACACUCGAGCUCAAGUGGCCACUCAACGCCUAUGGAAAAUGGACUACCACCGGAUCCUUCGCCACCCGCUGCUGCCUCUGUAUCCCAGUAUUCACAUAGAGGAUCUUAUGUGCAACCUCAAUCUAAUCCACCAACGAUAAGACAUAGUCCAGCAGCGAGUGGCUACCACCAAUCCCAAUCCGGCAACAUAGUAUCCCCAGCAACAGGGAAUACCUCAGGAGUCGUUAGAAAUUCCUCAGCAACACCCGACCCCCUCCGAGGAGUACCUAGGUCUUCAGGCAGUUACAUGUCGUCGAUGUAUCAACCGACGAUGUCCAGUCUUACCAGUAAUCAAGUAGGUAAUGUUCAUAAUCAACACAGCCAUGGGCCAACAACAACGAGCCAUGGGCCACCGAAUAAGCCGAGCUGAAGGUAAAUAAUAGGAUGAAAUUAUUUAUGAUUAUCAUUGAGGUAUUCAAUACCAGCAUUAACCACACUACACGGCCCCUUCAAUUCUAUCGCAGCAGCAGAAGAUCAUCAGCAUUUGAUCACCAUGAUCACCUAUUGUGUCAAUCAUUUUCACUUAUUUUUUUCCCCUUUCGUUUUGUGGUGAUGACUCGUUUUGUUGUACUCGAUUUGUUUAUUAAGAAUUGUGAAUGUUGAUGACGCUAUUGCGUUGAGGCUCAAUUAUUGGAAUUUAGUAGUGAAUCGGUUAAACUGCUUGAGUCGAUUUUGACUAUUGGCCUGUUUUCAAUGAAUAUCUCCAAAUCUAAGGGAGAUGGCGAA